AUGCCCACUGAGCGGUCAGACUUCAGCGUCGUGAGCUACUCGGAUGAAACGCCAGACUCCACUGACGAUGCCCUGGCAGUGUUCGGUGGCUACCGCACCACGUGGGGCUACUUUGCCAAGACGCCAAAAGAGUGCGAGGUGGUUGUGACAACGACCACCACAACCACUACGACCGUUUCGGGUGAGGUCAUCACCUUGACGGAUCCGCCGGACACCACACCCGUCCCGGUGGGACCGGAGACGACGACGUUGCUCGAUGGAGGUGUGCAGGUCGUGGGCACCUUCGACACCCUUGGCAACGAUCAAAACCCCGAGACCUCACAAGGCAUUCUGACGACGACCAUGACCACCACGGAGGACCUGCAGAUUGUCAUCGGCAACACCAUCACUUCCACCCAGACGGCCACCACAAUGACCAGCACCAUCAUCACUACCACCACUGUGACGAUGACCAUGACGAUCACGCAGACGGCUCAAGGACCCUCUCCUGCGCCUGGGGAGACGACUUCCACCACAUCGGCGGGCGUGGCCCCAACGAAUCCUCCAGUGGUGAGCGGCAGUUAUGAUGGCAGCACGGGUGCCACCAUAACGGGCGUCUCUGCCAACGACACCUCGGCCAUCGUCUUACGUGAAGGUCCAAAGCCCUCCUGCUCACCGAAGUAUUACUUCGACGACAUCUGGAAUCUUGACACCACCCUACGAAGAUGGUCACUGAUGGAUCUGUAUGGGACACCACCGCCACCGAGGAAGGGCCACACCAUGUUCGCCCGGAAAGCUCGCUCGAACGACACGCAGGUCGUCUUAUUCGGUGGAAACAACCAGGAUGACCCACUGAAUGACCUCUGGAUCUUGAACGUGAAGCGACCAGGUGAUGAUGACGAUGCUGCUAAUGUAAAUCAGAUUGCCGAUGGCGAGAACAUUGCCUGUCAUCAACCAGUCUGUUUUCAGCCGAAGACUAAAAUGCUGGAAGCGGCCAACAUGGCGAAGCGUGCAUCUGUUGACGUGGAUUGCGAUGAGGUGGAGGAACCAGAGCCCGAGAUGGCCAAACCGUCGACGGACUCCCAUGUCGAUGUGAAUGAUCAGAGCGUGGAAGAACCAGAGCCCAAGAUGGCCAAACCGUCGGAGGCGGCUGAGUGUUUGUCCAUGUGGUCGCCUACAGUUGGACACGUGUUGACGGCAUCAGGACAGAUGUGUUUGGGGUGGUGGGGUUGGCAGAAGGCACGUGCAUCCAUGGGGUAG